AUGUUUUCUUUGUAUUGCAUCUUUCUUUGGCUUAUCAUAAGGACAGGAAUCAAAGGAGGCUCUGAUCUGUCAGGCUGUCCUACAAAUAACUCCUGGAGAUAUCGUGCAAGGAGUGGAGAGAAGUUUUUCUUAUUCUGUGAUGUUCCUAGGCGAGAUCUAAUUUCAAAGAAACGCAUUUGUGGUAAAACUUCGUGCCCAGAUAUCAGCUGUUCCUCUGAGGUUCAGUGGUACAAACAACCUCAAAAUGGAUCACAACCAUAUGCUAUUCUGAAUGAGCACUCUCAUAUCACAUGGGAAAAUAAUUUACUUCAGUUUUCGCCAGUUGGGAUCAAUGAUACCGGGUCUUAUAUUUGUACUUUCAAGUAUAAACCAAAGUUUGAGGUGGAAUCCAGGCAAUCCAGGGGAACAACCUGUUUUCUUAAUAUCACCUUAGAAGUUCAGCCAAAAGAAAAGACUCUCUGUUUGAACUCUGUAAAAAAUGAGCUGUUCCUUCUCAUUGGUAGCACUGAUACAGUUCCUUGUCCUGGGGCAAACUGUGAGGGAGAUUUACAGAGGGAAGUGACAUGGUAUAAGAAUGGAACACUACGUCCUCAAUGGACAAAGACUCAGAUAGACUUUGAAGAAAUUUACUAUCGAGAUCGUGGUGUGUAUGUAUGUGAUUAUAACCAGUCUAUUAACUCGACAUGGUGGAUAGUCAGAGCAGUUGUUGAUGUGAUAACUAUUGUGGAAAAUACUUCAUCCAAGCCACACAUUCUUUAUCCAAUGAUUGACAAUCUCAUAUUGGAAGUAGAACUUGGAAAGCCAUUGACUCUUGAUUGCAAAGCACGCUUUGGCUUUGAAAGACAUUUCCACCCUGUGAUAAAAUGGUAUGUUGAUGAUCCUGGGCUUAGCAGGAAAGAACUAAGAGAAGGAAACAAAAGUACUGACAAUGACGUGGAGUGGAAAACUAUACACUACAUUGCUCACUUGAAGGAAGUAACUAAAAAAGAUCUACGAAGGAAUUUUAUAUGUUUUGCUCAGAAUUCUUUGGGGAAUAUUACACGAACGAUCAAGCUGAAACAGAAAAAAGGAGUGCUUUUCACAUAUAUACUAUUUGGCACCACUAUAACAGUGGUGACAAUCCUGAUGACAAGUGCAUUGAUUUAUCGUUACUGGAUUGAAAUAGUCCUUCUAUACCGAACUUACCAAGCAAAGGAUGAAACUCUAGGAGAUAAAAAAGAAUUUGAUGCCUUUGUGUCCUAUGCUAAAGAUUCCUUUGAUAAUCUGGACUCUUCAUCUCUGAAUGAGGAAAGCUUUGCAUUGGAUUUACUCCCUAAAGUGUUGGAAAACAAAUAUGGAUACACCUUGUGUUUGUUCGAAAGGGAUGUGAUCCCAGGAGGAGCUUACACAGAAGAUAUCGUGAAAAUCGUCAAACAGAGUCGGAGAGUCAUCUGUGUCCUUAGCUCUAGCUAUGUGAACAGCCCCAGUGUCUUUGAACUGCAAGCCGCAGUCAAUCUUGCCUUAGAAGACCAAACAUUGAAACUCAUUUUAAUUAAAUUCUCUCCCUUCAAAGAGCCAGAUUCUUUACCUCACCAAGUGAAGAAAGCCCUUAGUGUCCUCCCCACGAUCACCUGGAAAAAUUCAAAAUCAGCUCCUCCAAAUUCCAGAUUCUGGAGCCGCAUCCGUUACCACAUGCCUGUGAAAAACCACUGGAAAUUAGGAAGUGCAGUCUUCAAUUUUUUUCCAAGAAUUUUCUCAUAGAAAAGAAAGAAAGAAAGAAAGAAAGAAAGAAAGAAAGAAAGAAA